AUGUGGCUGAGACUCUUCUUCACCUUCGCGUUCAGCUUCUCCAGCUGCCGAGCAGCAACAGUUCCUGACAGCUGUCUGUCGAAACCCUGUCUGAACGGCGGCAGCUGCUCCACUCAGGGUUCGUCCUACACCUGCGACUGCCUGCCACAGUUCAGCGGCCUCAACUGUGAGCUCGAGUACACGGCCGUCCCCAACACUUGCCUGCUGGAGAACGGAGGCUGCGACCAUUUCUGUGAUGAAGACGAGGAAGUACGAGGACUAAACUGCUCAUGUGCAGAUGGUGACGCCCUGGACGUUGAUGGGCUGAGCUGCGAGGCAAAAGCUCGUUUGACCUCCAACGGUUGUCGCUCCCGAAACGGAGGAUGUGAGCAUUUCUGCAGGGAGCUUCCUGAUCGUUCUCAUGUGUGUUUCUGCGCUCCAGGAUAUAGUCUGGACCGGGACAACAGCACCUGCCUGCCUGAAGAUCAUGUGGUAUGUGGAAGACCUCUGAUGCACUUUGCCCCAAGGGUUGUUAAUGGACAUAUCUGCCCCAAAGGACACUGUCCAUGGCAGGCUCUGCUGACUGAAGAUCAUAGUUUUUCCUGCGGAGCGAUCGUCCUGUCAGAUCAGUGGAUUUUGACUGCGGCUCAAUGCGUUGGGAAAAAUCCCAACAGCACCUUCCACGUCACUGUGGGUGAACAUGACCGUCACAUGGAUGAGAGGACUGAGCAGAAGCGGCGGGUGGUCAAAGUGAUGAUCCACCCUGGCUACAACAAGUCCAACUCUGACAAUGACCUGGCCAUGCUGAAGCUCCACCGCCCCAUCAAACUGGGACUCUACGUGGUUCCCAUUUGCCUUCCCGCACACAACAGCACCUUCAGCCGAACGCUGGCGACCAUCCGACACUCCACCGUGUCCGGCUGGGGCCGCCUGUCGCAAUUCGGUCCCCCAGCAAGGUUUCUCCAACGGCUGGUUCUGCCAAGGGUCCCUCUGCAGGAGUGCCGCCUCCACACCAAGCUCAACAUCACCAGGAACAUGCUCUGUGCCGGGCUGAAGACCGGAGGCCAGGACGCCUGCAAAGGUGACAGCGGCGGCCCUCUGGUGACACGCUACAAGAAAACCUGGUUCCUGACGGGUGUGGUGAGCUGGGGGAAAGGGUGCGCCAAUGAAAACAUGUACGGCGUCUACACCAAAGUCAGCAACUUCCUGGACUGGAUCGAGGAUAUCAUGGCCACUGUCUGA